UGUAUAAAAAUAUUUUUCCAUAUAAUAUCUUCUAUUUUUUUGUAAAUAAAAAUUCAUAUAUUGAAUAAAACAGAUUCAAGCUAAAGUUGUUAUAUACUUAAAGUCAUGUGUUCCAAUAAAAAGUGUUAAUAUAUAACUAAAAUUAUUAAUUUUAGAAUAUUAAUUUGUUUGGAAACUAUAUAGAUAUUAAUGCCUUUAUAAAUACCAUGGCUGAUUCAGGAGUUGAUACAAGCAAUGAAAGUAGUGAUAACCCAGUUUUUGACCAUUCUCAAUGUGUCUUAGAAUUCAAUCCGCCAGCGAUACCAAUAAACCAAGCAGGUCAACCUAUGCCUGUUGAUUUCUUUAGUGAACGACACGAACAUAUUGGUAAAAUCAAGUGCUCUACGAAAGCCAGACACUGCAGAUUGAAAUACAGAUAUGGCGGCUCAAUUUGUUCGUCAAGAAACCAAAAAUUGCGUUUCGCAGCAUCUACUAAUAACGUGGAACUUGUCGAGAAACUACUUGUAUCAGGAGCCGAUCCUAAUUCAUCAGAUGAACAUAAAAGAAGUCCAUUACACCUAGCAGCUUGUUGGGGUUAUGUUGAUGUUGUAAGAACGCUUAUAAGACAUGGUGCCAACCCUAAUAUUAAAGAUACAUUGGGUAAUACUCCCCUUCAUCUAGCUGCAUGCACUAACCAUAUACCUGUAGUCAUCGAGCUGCUUGAUGCGGGCACAGAUGUUAGCUCUAAUGACAAAAACGGCCGCAAUCCACUCCAGUUAGCUCAGAGUAAAUUGAAACUGAUAAGAAUGAGACCAAGUGGUGCAGGACCAUCAAAUGAAACAAAACAACUGAUCAGUGAAAUAUGUUUAGUUGUAGAAAUGAUGUUAAAGUAUAUGAAGAUACAAAAGGCUGAUGCUGGGGAAUUGGAAUCCGUCCGUGAGAGACUAGAGCGGGUCAGUACUAGAGAACAAGUGGACUCGGAAGUACAGAAUUUACUUGACAGUCUAGACUCAUUGAAAUUAAGAUAAUUAUUUUAAUAUUUUUUUAAUAAAACAUUUCAAGACUGUUUAAAAAUGAUAACUGCCUAUUGUUAGAGAUGUGUUCAUGUGACUUGCCUAUUCUAUUUGUCAGUAACUCAUGAUGUUUAGAAGAUAUUGCUGGCAGUCUAUAUGCAAUUCGGUAUUACUUUAUGCCAAUUGUGCAAUUACAUCUUCAGCUCACAAUUAGAAUGUAAGGGAACUAUUAAAAUAAGUAUAAACUUAUCAAUUACUAACAAUAUAAAUCAAUAAUGUGUUUAGUUUGUAUGGAUAUUACUGCUUUGUAAAAUUAGUCAAAUUAUUUACUUAUUUAUAAAAUAGGUUAAAAUAAUUUUUAUUAAUACAAUUGCAUUAGCCAAAUUCAAAUAGAUAAUAACCCUUACCAUACUUGAUCUUUAGUAAAUAUUAUAAUUUGUUGGUGAUACCUAUAUUGAAUGAUUUUAUACUAUUAGAGUUUCAGUGUUGAAAUGAAGAAUAGAAUUAUUAAUAAUUACAUGUAUAUAUUAUGGAUUAUAGAAAGGACCAUAAUAAUCUAAUAAGAAAUAUCAUUUUGAUAUUUGUUCUAUACUUUUUAAGAUAACUAGAUAUUUUACUUAAUUUAGAAUGGAUUGAAUAUAAAAAUAAAAUUUAUUUAUUGUCUUAUAACUUGAUAUGAUUUCUAUAUUUGCAUUGCAUGUGAGUAUUCAAUGUUAAACUAGGUGUUCAGUGUUUCAUAAUAAUUGUAUGUUGGCAAACAUGGUUCAUUGGGUGGUAGACUUAAGGUACCUGAAGUACUGUUGUGUUAAUAUGUGCUUUCAAGUUUAUAAUGAGGUCAUAUUAUU